AUGGCCGACAUGCUCGAGGACUGCACCAUCGACGUCCGGCACACCAGACACAGGGUAUUGGUAGUGCUGGUGUUCAACAGCGUCAGCAUAAACUACUGGCACAUGGCUUGUCCGUUGGGGCAUCUUGACAUGACAGACGUCAUGGUCAGACAUAUUGGGCAUUCCAGGGAGCGACGGAUUUGCAGGGAGAUCUGCAUGGCCACGAUCGGCUUCAGUGGCAAAAUGGAAGCCGCCGACACAACUGACGGCGGCACAGCGAUUACCUCUGCCGUUGAUGCCGCAGCUGCCACCACCGUCUCCGUCGUACUCGCAGUCGACGACUCUGCCGUUUCCACCGAAGUAGUCGCUGUCACCACCUGCAGAGAUGUCAUCACGAUCACGUAA